AUGAGCUCUAUCCGAGCACGGAGGCCCACUUGGGGAAAGGAGAAUCGCUCAGAGAAUCACAACAGAAUUAAUCUAGGAAGUUCCUCAAUGCAUUCUGGUCGCUCUUAUGAGCCUCUUAGUGAUCCUGAACGCACUAGGCGUUGGGAUCAAUAUGCAUCUGACCUAGAUGAAUUUAUUCAGGAUUCUAAUGAGCCUCCUCACGCCUCUCCUUUCAGGAUCAAGUUUGACAAUACCUUGUAUGAAGAUGAGGACGAAUAUGAAGAGGAAUAUGACUCUACAGCCAUCAAGAUUGAAGAAGCUGAAGAGUCUGACAUUCUAACACGCCUCAGGUCCUUCUCAAGACCUUAUGGUUCACCUCAUGAGCUUGACCCUCAAGCCAAAAGAGUAUAUCCCAGCUUAUCUAAAGAUACAUUUAUUCAGAGACUAAGUUCGCCUAAGGCUCUGCAGUUUGUAUCUGAUAACAGGAGCUUUGCAAUGGCAUUUGAUCCCCUCACACACAAGCUUUACAAACAUUCAUUAAUUCCCUCCGACUAUAUCUUUCCACUGCCAAAAGACAUUUGGCACCUCUUCCUGUUCCCCUCACCAGCAUUCCCCAUGCGGAUCGAAGCCAACGCCGCCAUUAGACUUGCUCAAACGGAAGGAGCAUUCAAGGGAGUCAUCAAUCAUUACAUGGACACCCUUGGACGACUCUAUACAUGGGCCGUCUUCACCACUGCAGUUUUUCUGUUCAUUCCCGCCGUCGAACCUUUCGCUUUCAAUAUGUCUUAUUACCAGUAA